UCAGUCUAGCUGCUGUAGUCUGCGGACAGACAAGCGGUCGGUGGAGCCGAACAGGGCUUUUUAGACUGUGGAAGUAUUCCAUCAGCCAGAGCCCAGGGGCGGCCGGUGGGAGGAGGCAGAGAGUCCGCAGCUGCCGCACCGCACAGCCUCUUUGACAGUCGCAAGAGGAAGGAGCCGCCCGCACCAACCAAUGUCUACGGAGCUGUCUGAAGCCCAGGACCUCGACCGGUUGGGAGAGCAGGCGACAGACGGAACGACCAGACUGACGGACAUCUGCAGUGGAACAGCGGGCAGCAGCAUGGCGUCCAUAGCGGAAUACUAUGCUGGCAAGUGCGUCCUAAUCACAGGAGCCACCGGCUUCAUGGGAAAAGUGCUGGUGGAGAAGCUGCUGAGGUCAUGCCCUGAGGUCAAAGCCCUCUACAUCCUGGUCAGACCCAAAGCCGGGCAGUCCAUGCAGCAGAGAGUCAGCGACAUGAUGAAGUGCAAGCUUUUCGACCGCGUGCGGGAGGACAACCCCGACUUCCACCAGAAGAUCAUCCCUAUCAGCAGCGAGCUGAUGCAGCCGGGCCUGGCCAUCAGCCCAGAGGAUGUGGAGAAGCUCACCGCCUGCAUCAACAUCGUCUUCCACUGCGCUGCCACCAUCCGUUUCGACGAGCCACUCAAACACGCCCUGCAGCUGAAUGUAAUCGCCACGCAGCAGCUCCUCAGCCUGGCCCAGCAGAUGCAGCACCUCGAGGCCUUCAUUCACAUCUCCACCGCCUAUGCAAACUGCAACCGCAAGCACAUCGAUGAGGUCAUCUACCCGCCGCCCGUCGAGCCCAAGAAGCUCAUCGAGUCUCUUGAGUGGAUGGAUGACAGCAUUGUGCGAGACAUCACGCCGCGGCUCAUCGGCGACAGGCCCAACACCUACACCUACACCAAAGCCCUGGCCGAGUACGUGGUGCAGCAGGAGCAAGACAAGCUCAACAUCGGCAUCAUCAGACCCUCCAUAGUGGGAGCCAGCUGGCAGGAGCCUUUCUCUGGUUGGAUCGACAACUUCAACGGGCCGAGUGGAGUCUUUAUAGCUGCUGGCAAGGGCAUCCUGCGCACCAUGAGGGCCAACAAUGAUGCAGUGGCUGACCUGAUCCCUGUGGACGUGGUCAUUAACCUCACCCUGGCUGCAGGCUGGUACACGGCUGUACACAGAAGGAAAACAGAAAAACAGAAAAAUAAAAGACCUAAAACAGCUCUGGUGUACAACUGCACGACCGGCGGCAUCAACCCGUUCCACUGGGGAGAGAUUGAGCACCAUGUGAUGUCGUCCUUCAAGAGGAACCCGUUGGAGCAGGCUUUCCGCAGGCCCAACGCCAACAUCACCUCCAACUACCUGAUCAACCAGUACUGGAUCCUGGUCAGCCACAAGUUCCCUGCCCUCAUCUAUGACCUCUUCCUGCGUCUCUCUGGACAGAAACCGCAGAUGAUGCGCAUCUUUAAUCGUCUGCACAAGGCCAUCAGCCUGCUGGAGUAUUUCAGCAGCCAGGACUGGGAGUGGAACUCUGAGAACAUGAGCAUGCUGAUGAGCCAGCUAACACCUGAGGACAGGAAGACAUUUAACUUUGAUGUGCGUCAGCUGAACUGGCCUGAGUACAUUGAGAACUACUGCAUCGGCACUAAGAAGUACGUCCUGAACGAAGACAUGUCUGACAUUCCUGCUGCCAGACAGCAUCUGAGGAAACUGAGGAACAUCCGCUACACCUUCAACACUCUGCUGGUCAUUUUCAUCUGGAGGGUGUUUAUCGCCCGCUCCCAGAUGGCCAGAAACAUCUGGUACUUUGUGGUCAGCCUCUGUUUCAAGUUCCUCUCCUACUUCCGCGCAUCCAGCACCUUAACCAACUGAGUCUUCCUCACCGCCUCAAGCCAGAGACAGCAGCCCCUCGUCUUUAGCUAUCAGAAGGACAAAACAUCUGAGACUCUGACCAUCCACUGAGGACACUCCAAAUCCUCCUUUAGUGUGGAUUAGCAGGGCUCUCUGCGGGUGGGGGCUGCGGUUGAGUGAAGCACUCAGGUUGGGCGGGUAGGGGGGGGGGCGUCUACUAGCCAUGAAUUAUUUGUUUAGUUUGGAAAUCUGUCAUCAGUACCUGCACUGUUCAGUCACCAAACCCCGUCCAAAAAAACAGUGUUGUCAUUCGUUUUGAUCCUACCAUUUUCUUCUCAAAGUGGCCAAUUAUAUAUGCAACAAUAAGCCUUUUGUGUGACUUCCACUUUCUUUUCCACGUCAUUGUUUCCAUCCUCUUGAAUCUUGGUACAUUGCCUUGCCUUGUGAUGAUUUUUUUUUUUUUCAUACUUGAAAUAUGGCAGUGCUUCAGUGGAGGACAAUUUCUAUAAGAUUAUUUUGGUUCUCUGUUUGUACUGUGGGGAUAUCCAAUUCCUCUCUUUCAUACGCAGAUGAUUUGGAUAUCUGUACGUCUUGCAUUACAUGUAUCUACUGCCUUUUUGACGAUUACACACGACUGAUGCUUACCUGUCUCAAGGCCAGUCCACAGAUUACUGAGACUAGUAUUAAAGCUAAAAUCUGACCACACGAGACAACUGCAUUACUACAGAUAUCGAAACACACAGAUCUGCCAUCUUUCCUGCUGUUGAGGUUGUCACUUAUUUACUAUCACAAAUGGUAAUGUCAGUAUGUCUUUGAACAUAAACCUUGUUUGUUUGAAUGCUCAUCCACUUUUUGCCUGUUUGUACAGCAGUUUGUACUGAAACUAAGUUUACUACUUUUACAUCUUUAUACUUGCGUCAAAGGCUAGUCUGAUAUAUGUGGUAGACCUUGGCAGUGUAUUAUAUAUAAAUAAGAGUAAAUCAGAGUCAAGUUUAUUUGUAUAGCCCAAUAGGAGAUAUUGUACAGUGUUUACUAACAGUUCCCAACCAGACCCACGGUUUCUAAGAAGACAAACUCUCCCAAAACCUUAGCAGAAGAGGGAGAAACCUUCAGAGAGAGUCCCCCUCCUUCUUAGAUAGCUGGGGGUGAAAUAGGAGGCACAGGUGGUAAAAUUACAAAUUAACAUCAAGUAAGAAAUGCCAGAUACAAUUGGAUUAUACUCGAUUAAAUUAUAAUAAGUCCAAAAUGGCAAAUCCAAGGAGUGGGUCCAGUAUCAGUGCUUCACGUUAUGUCCAAGGUAGCAGGUAUGUGAGGUUAGGGGACCAAGCUUGGACCAGGCAGUUUGGUGGAGUAGGCCAACAGGUCACUUGAAAGACUGAAACCUCAUUUUGUGCCUCUGGUGUUUUGGUUUUACAUUCGAGUCACAGUGGUAAUUAUCAUAAUUGUGGAGAGAUGUUUAAAAAACCCAGAAGAUUAUUUAACGACAAUUUCUGCUAUAAAUGUAGCCUCCUUGAUUGGGGGGGGGG